GAACAACACCAACACUGCCCUCUUGUGGAGAAAACGACCAGAUCUGCUGACAAGUUUGUGCUCCCCUGCGUCCCGAAGCGCGCUCCCGGCGGAGGCGACGCGAGUGAGCGCGCUCACGUGUUGCUGCUGAGCCUGCUUGUGGAUGCCGCGCAUGCGCAGAGCAGCUCCGUGGCGGCUGCGGGACUAGAACCCCUCGGUGCUGUGCGGUGCGCUGUGCGCUUCUCUGUGCAAAGUCCCGGGAUGAUGGAGCUGGAGGAAGGUUUCACUCAGGGACCCACAUGGACUGAGAUGAAGGUGAUGGAGUCAUAGCUGCAACCUGCUUCUAUCCCGUCCCCUUUUUUCCCGUCCCAUCAUGGUGUAUGGGCAGAUCCUGCACCACUGCGGGCCGGACGAGAACUUCCUCAACCUGAACGUGGGUGGCUUCAAGCAGAAAGUGUCUCACUCGGUCCUCCAGCGCUUCCCACACACUCGUCUCGGGCGUUUGCUCCUGUGCAACUCCGAGUCGACCAUACUAGAGCUGUGCGACGACUACAGCGCGACAGAGCACGAGUUCUACUUCGACCGCAACCCACGCUUCUUCCGCUACGUGCUGAACUUUUACCACACGGGCAAAAUCCAUCUGAUGGAGGAACUGUGCGUGUUCAGCUUCAGCCAGGAGCUCGAGUACUGGGGCAUCAAGGAGCUUUAUCUGGACUCGUGCUGCAGCAACAAGUUCCACGAGCAGAAAGAGGGUGAAAAGGAGCACGAUUGGGACCGGAACGAGGACGAACAACUUCAAGAGAGCUUCGAUUCCUCCAUGGAGGAGCUUUCUGAGCUGGAGGAGGACAUGGAGAAGUUUGAAGGCACCUGGUGCGCGGAGAAACGUAAGCAGCUGUGGCUGAGGCUUGAGAAUCCGGGCCAUUCGCUCACGGCUAAGAUGCUAGCAGUGGUUUCUCUGAGCGUGGUUCUGAUCAGCAUCGUGGCCAUGUGUGUUCACAGCAUGCCCGAGUUCCACCAAGUGGAUGCUAAUGAAAGAGCCGUGGAGGAUCCGAUUCUCAACACGUUCGAGACCUUUUGUGUGCUCUGGUUCACGUUUGAGUUUAUGGUGCGCUUAGCGGUCGCGCCGAGCUUCCGUAAAUUUGCCAGCAAUGCUUUGAACAUCAUUGAUUUUGUCUCUGUGGUCCCAUUUUACGCCACGUUAGUACUGGAAAAAGCAGAUGCUGAGGAAAGUGAGGAGCUGGAGAACGUAGGGAAGGUUGUGCAGAUCCUGAGGCUCAUGCGCAUCUUCAGGAUACUGAAGUUAGCACGUCACUCGGUGGGACUUCGAUCUCUCGGAGCGACUUUGCGUCACAGCUACCACGAGGUCGGUCUGCUCAUCCUCUUCCUCUCCGUCGGGAUUUCCAUCUUCUCUGUACUCGUGUACUUUGCAGAGAAAGAAGAGGACGACUCCGAGCUCCAGACGAUACCCAUCGGAUGGUGGUGGGCCACUAUUAGCAUGACCACAGUCGGCUACGGAGACACGUAUCCCAUCACGUUCGCUGGGAAGCUCAUCGGGACGGUGUGCAUCGUGUGCGGCCUCCUUGUGGUGGCGCUGCCCAUCACCGUCAUCUUCAACAAGUUCUCAAAGUAUUACGAGAGACAGAAAUCUCUGGAGUCGGAUCAGGACGGAGGCAACUUAAAAAUUCCAAUUCCAGGGAUUCCUAUAUUCAGCGUGAAUGAUCUUUAUGCUAACGGUAAUGCGAUUAACUCCAUUUUGGACAGUUUGUCCACCAGAAGUAGCACAGAAAGUGAAAGAGACGAUAGAGACAAUCGGGACGAUGAGGCUGAGACUCAUGUUGCUUCUUGACUUUUGCUUUUUUUCAAAUUUUGUAGUGGUUACAAAUGAGAACCAACACGCUAGUUAGCGUCAUUACCCUGUGUUCACACGAGCAACAGACCUCAGCUGUUUCCUACAAAAGUGUGAAACAAGCCAGAGACGACUGGGAAGCAUCUCUGGGUCAACCAGUACGGAGCUUAUGUUGAAUUUGUGUUGCUAAUUACAAAUUUCUCGACGUGAUAUCCCAGCUAGCGUUAAUUUGAAUUCUUCAGCUUGACAUGGCGCUUAGCAUAAAAUGCUAAUUUUAUUUAUUUAAUAUUAUGUCAAUGCAACUCAAGUAGAACCAAGUUCUGGGUAAACAUGGGCGGAACUAGCAUAGAAUAUUGGAUUUUAAUAGUGCGGUAUAAUCUAUUAGCAACAUUAGUUUAAACUCACCAAUUGCUGAACGAGCAUAAGCUAUCAGUUAAAUUAAGUAGCUAAAACUGUUUACUAGCUCAAUUAUAUUGUGAAUCCAAAUUGAGUUUUUAUGCUAGGUUGCAUGUCUAGCCAAAAAAAAGAGCAAUUUUUGUUGCAAUGAGGUGAUAACACGAAGAAAUAACAUCUCAGAUCUUCCAAGUGAACAGGUUCCAGGAAAUCGGGGCGGGUUUUCGAGAGAAGCAGAGUUUCAGAGAUCACGUCUGGUCCUGUGAGAUUACACUCAAUAGACUACGACUUGGCUGUAGCUCGAGCAGAACGACAGAGGAAAGUCCCAAAUGCUAUUUGAGCUCCGUGUCCAAGCGAAAAUAACGUAGAGGAUUAGCCAGGAGUCGAACGAGUUUCACUGUUGCGAAAUCAAAAACCGUCAAAAUGUGCCUUGUGUUUCUCGGAACGUUUUCCAAGUGCAUCACUAAAGCUGGGGUCACACUGGAUAUUCAGCAUGCGAAUUUCUUCACCGUGGUGGCGCAUAAUCAGGUGAUUAUGGGCUGUCCUGCUGUGGAGUGGAGUGGCGCAGUGAACACUGAACCUAGUUUUAAUAAUAAACAUUAUGCUGACAAAUCUUAGCUUGAUAGCUCAUUAGUUAGCUCCUGGUUAUUAGUUACCAGUUGCAAAAAAAAAAAAAAAAUACACAUCUAUAUCCAGGGUGUCCUGUCGCCACCCCUGUUUAUCAUUGGCUUACUACCCUAAUGUGUUCACCUGUUCCGUGUUUCCCCUUGAUGAGCCUGUUUCUACCCAAGAAACCUUGCUCGUUGUCAGGUUUUCUUGGACCUCCUGUUGUUCUCCAAACCCCUGCUAUGAACUUUUGAUCACGAUGUUCAGAUUGCACGCAGUAAAUACCACACUGAAUUUGCAUCCUGCCUUCAUGAAGCACACAUUACGGGUGGGUUUAAAGUUUGAACUAAACUGAAAUCCGAGGAGGUGGAUGUGAAAUUAAUUUGAACGUCUCGCCAGAUUUUUUUUUUUUUUUUCUUUAGAAGGUCUGGAAUGUCAAAAAGCCAGAUAUGCCCACGAGGGAAACCAGGCAUGACUUCAGAAGCUUGCAGGGUUUUACACACAUUGGAUCACUGGCACACACACACUUCAGAGCAACUGGAGACCACACACACAAACACACAGAGUAGUGAGGGAAUGUGUGGUGAAGCAUUUGUAUUUUCCGCUUCAGUUCUCACUGUGAGAAAGCCGUUGAAAUGCGUCCAUCUUCCCGCCUGUGAACGAUUUAAUGCACACUUCAGUAUGACGUCCAAUCCAUCCAAUCCAAAUGGAAUGUUUUCUCAGAUUCUCGUCUUUCCUAUCGUGGGGAAACAAACAUUAAAUAAGAAACUGUUUUAUGGCGCCUUCCUUACAGUAAAUCUCCUCACUGGAACUGUGGAUGGAACGAGUGCAUGCGUAUUUCGGACAACGUGUAGAACGAGGUGAUGUAUCCACAGGUGCGAUGGAAGGAACCUCUGAAAAGCUGCUUAAAACCUGACCUUGAGCUUGACCUUGGACUUUGGUUUUUGGUCCUGGUCUGUCUAUGCAAAACCACUGGAGUACAAAUGAAUGUGUGCUAAUAUCAUAUUAGUCCGAGA